AGUAAUGUACUGACGGGUGUACAGUGGUUUCGUCCACCCUAGAUUUACAGUUUUAUCUCGCCCGCUGUCGACGGGUUCGAGUUGUAGUUUUACAUGGCGUGUAAUGUGUAAAUUUAGCAGGCUUGUAUUUAGCGACAGGCGGUAACAAUCUGUGAUGUCAGCUCGUAGGAACGGGAGUUUAUCUGUGAAAUGUCUGUCUUAUUGAUCUGAAAUAGGGUUUCUCUCGUGUGAUUCUACAACUUGGUUGAAUGCCUGAAAUAUUGCGCCUCUGAGAAUAAUUCAAAGUCAAGAAGUCAGUUGGAGAGGUUCACUUUGGACGAAAACCUGUCCGGAAUUUAGAUGAUAAUCUUAUGAUUUCAUAAUGGCGACAGUGGGAACUCAGGACUCGCAGGGCACCCCGAAGAGCGGUGAUGUCCCGCCCGGCUACACAACGCGAGCCUACGCUACAAGGAAGACGGUAGCAGAAGGGCUCCUUGACUUCGCCCUUCUCAUGGCUAACGCAACCCAACUGAAGGCAUUGCUGGAUCUGCCUGAAGGCGACGCCCGUAACAGCUUCUUCUACACUACCUUGUCGUUGUUGGCGGUGUCCAUCGCGCUGCAAAUCAUCACUGGAAUCAUCAUCUUUGUCCUGGGAACCAUGGAGGUAAAGACUGACGAGGAACAGAAGAAGGCCAACUCCUUGAACAAUGCCUCGGUGGCUCUCAUCAUGUUCAUAACCGUUGUCAAUGUGUUUAUUACGGCGUUUGGUAUCAAAUAUACAACGCCAGCUUAAAACACAUACACAUGUAGCAAAAUUGAAACAUUCAGGUACAAUGAUUUUAUGUUAAUUUAAGUUGAUGUGUUUCAGAUAAUGAUCAUGACGAAUCAGCAUAUCGAUAGUGUACGUAUGAAUGACACAUCGGAAAGGGGGACGGAAAAAUCUACGAAGAUUGUUGAUUUUCUGUUUGAUAAGUGAGUGAGUGAGUGAGUGAGUGAGUUGGGUUUUACGCCGCUUUUAACAGUAUUCCAGUUAUAUCACGGCGUGUCAG